CUCUGCUUUCCAGCUUCAACAGAAGGCCGCAUCACUGCAAUCAGGCUCGAGAGAAGAGAUCGUUGGCGCCGUAAAUCUCCGUUUUCCAAGUACCUAGGUAUUCGAAGCUGUAGACUGUAGCUUCCCGUAGCUUCCCGUAGCUUCCCACGAGCUGGAAGUCGUGGCGAAUGAUGGCAGAUGCUGGGGGGUCGCUCUUCCCGCUGUUCCCGUCGGGGCAGCAAAGGAUCAACACCAGCAGCACCGGGGCAGCAGCCACAGACUGGCUUGUCAACACCAGUUUCGCUGAAGAGCUGCUGCCAGCGUCAGCCCCCGUGCCCCAGGUCUUUGCAGCAGCGCAACUCUUAGAGUCAUCAGAUGAGGAAGCCUCUCCCAAGGAGGGUGAAACAAGUAGACGUCAGGCUGCGUCAAUUGAUCAGGCGGAGGUGCCAGCUGACCCUGGUGUUAUCCGCAGGAAAGAUGAUGAAGCCAGGGGACGUGCGGAAGGCAGAUUAGACAAUGAAGCCGAGCAUGAUUUUCGGAAGGAAGGCGCCGGGCCAAGUGACCAGCACAGAGAGGGUCGAUCACGGCACAAGCGGAGGAGAAAGCAUAGGAGCCGAGAGAGGGACGGCAGUGCGUCAGACGAAAGUCGGGAGCGGAGGCAUCGGAAGCGGCGGAAAGAGCGGGAGAAGGAGAAAGAGAAGGCCAAGGCUGAGGCUGCAUCCCUGGAGCGCUUGCGAGUCCCUGCUGGGACGGACAGGAAGGCAGCGGUUAAGACCUGGGUGGAGGAGGCGCCGCUGACGUCGGAGUACUAUUUCGACACAAAAGGCGAUCGGGAUAACCUGGCGUUUGGCUCACUGUACAGAUUGGAUGUGGCCCGAUAUCAUCGACAACCCAGCCAGUUCGUAGAAAGUGUUGGCUCCAAGCGUGGGCGUUUCAGUGGUCUGCAGGAGCCGGAAGAGGAUGCGUCCGCUCAGGGGGUAGGCGAGAAGCGAUACUGGGGCCCGGGGCAUGCCCUCAAGGAGAAAAGCAAGAAGCUCAAGAGGGUCAAAGCCACCCCCAGGCCCGGAGGACGCCCCUCCACUCCUCCGGGGGGCUACAUUCCCCUCUUGGAGACCCCCCUGCCAGAGUCAAAUGCGGACGAGGGCCCUGUCGAGGAGGGGGAGAGCUUUGAGGACAGUCUGCUGCGACGUACUCGGGAUUUCAACGAGCUGACCCGGACAAGGCCUCAGGAGCUGCAGGGGUGGCUCGACUUUGCCGCGUUCCAGGACGAGUUUGUCAAAAUAGGGCGCAAGCGGGAGGCGGUGCAGGCGCUGGACAAGAAACUGGCCAUCUACGAGAAGGCGCUUGAUCAUCACCCCGACAGCGACGAGCUCCUGUUGGCUUACCUCACGGCCUCGGCCCAGCGCGACGACGCGCCGACGCUGCAGGCCAAGUGGGCCAAAGUCUUGGAACGGCUCUCGGGGAGCUGUCUGCUGUGGCGGGAAUACAUCCGGCUGCGCAAGGGCCAAUACUCGAGCUUCUCGGUGUCGGACGUGCGGGGAGUGUACGCGCAGGCACGUGCCGCGCUCGCGCAAGAACGGAACAGGGUCCGGCGAGAAGGGGCGGGAGAGGACAAGGUCGGUCAAGUCGAGCGGGAUCUAGUGCGCAUCUUCCUGGACGCAUGCCUUUUUGAAUGGCAGACGGGGCACCACGAACUGGCCGUCGGCCUCCUGCAAGCCCAAGCCGAGUACUCGGUGUUCGGCCCCCGGAUACAGGCCAGCGAGAGCAGCAAGCAGACGCUGUUCCAGCGGUUCUGGGAUUCGGAAGCCCCCCGGAUCGGGGAAAGCGGCGGGGUUGGCUGGGGCACGUGGCUCGCCAAAGAGGAAGAACGGCUGCAGAACUGGGGCGGGGGGGUUGGCGAAGAGGAAGAGGAAGAGGAGGAGAAGGGGGGUUGGUCUGGGUGGCAGGAUUUGAAAGAAAUAGGGGGGCCGGGGGCUGAAAGUGACUCCGAGGGGGGGAGGGAAUCCGAGGGGGAGGAGGAGGGUUCUGAGGGGGCGGCGAUUGAGGAAGAAAGCGACGAGGCGCUUCUGAAGAGGCUGGGCAUCAACCUCGAUGCGGCCGAUGCCGUGGACGCAGCAAGUGUUGACACAUGGCGCAAGUGGGCCGUCGAGGAGGAGACACGUGGCGAGCAGCAGUGGCUCCCAGUGCGGCCGAAAGAGGGGGAGCUUUCCGACGGCGGAGGAACGGACGGCGAGCUGCAGCGGACGGUGCUCUUCGACGACGUACAGCCGUUUCUGUUUUCGCUGGAAACUGACGCUGCGGGGGUGGAGCUUUUGGCCGGGUUUGGGGGAUUCUGCGAAGCGCCCAUACCCCUGCUGAGCACUUCAAACGACGCUCAGUUGACGGGGUCACGGGAGGUCAUAACAGGCAGUUUACGGGACCACCUCAUAAGAGCGACAGCGGAAGAAGAAAAAGCUGAAGUCAGCUUUACGUCAGCAGCAGAUGCAGUGCCUGAGGUUGGGCAGACCGAGCUUAGACCUGCCAAAGGGGGAGAGGUCCUGGUCAACCUCGUAGGGGGCCCCGUCUGGCUGGACCAGGACCCCCCCCGAAGGCGGCAGUUCGCAGCCAACCUACUGCUCCAGGCCUCAGGGGCUUUCCCUGCGUCAGCGCCAAUUGCACGAGCCCUGCUGGCGGUGACGUCAGCCGGUGACGUCAGCGGGAAGGAGGCACGUGGCCUUGCGAAAGCGCUUCUGAAGGGGCGACGAGAGGACCUCACGUUGUGGGGGGCGUAUGCAGAACUAGAGGCGGCAGCCGGAAACGUCGGCGCGGCUCGGAAGGUGUUCGGAACGGCGCUUGGGUCCGUAUCCGCACUUCAACCUGAUGCGCGGGAUAAGGCGCCGGAGCUGUUUCUGAGUUUUGCCGAAAUGGAGUUGCGACUGGACAGAGCAACGGACGGCCAGGAUGAAGCGAGGGGGGAAAACAACGGUCACAUUGGCAGCGGCCGCCGGGCGGCGCUGCAUAUUCUGGCGUGCUUUGGCGAGGGGGAGGCGUUCAAGCCUGCGGAGGCUGGCGUCGUACCCCCGUCAAGAAUACUGAAGGCCAAGAACGGCUACCGAGACAAACUGCAACAGAUUCGCGCCAACACCCUCCGCCACCCGCUGACCGACGCUGACGUGGCAACAGUAGCGUGCGCCGCACUUUUCGAGGACCUCUCGGGUGGCGACUGGCAAGCGGCCGCCGCCACCUACGAGGACGCCCUCAACCUAGGAUUGCCCGGGAAGCGCGCCAAGAGCCCCCAGUACGAAAAAUUAGUCCAACGGUAUAUACAAACCCUGGCGCAAACCCCCGCUAAACCCGCCCGGCAGCGGCAGGCGGUCCUCCGGGGCCUGGCGACAUUCCCGAAAAACCCGGAGCUGUUGAGUGCGCUCGUGCGGGGCGAGGCGCACCAGGCGCUCGCGAACCGGCUGCGGCGCUACUUUGACACGGAGGGCGCAAAGGCGCCAUCGACGGUUGGGUGGCUGUUCGCGCUGGCUUGCGAGAUGGGCCGCCCAGGUGCGGCGGCGCGCAUCCGGAGCCUCUUCGAAAGAGCGUUAUCGACGCAUGAGACAAGCCAGUCGGUCGUCCUGUGGCGAGCCUACUUGGCGUACGAAGUGGAAGCGCUCAAGCAGCCGUCCCGACCGUCCGAUCGUCCGGAUGCUGCGCGAAGAGUCUUUUUCCGGGCGUUGCAUGCGUGCCCUUGGGCAAAGACGCUGUGGCUAGACGGGUUCAAGCGCCUGACGGAAGCGGGGGCGCUGACAGGGAAGGAGCUCGGCGACCUGUGCGAGACGAUGAUAGAAAAGGAAAUGAGAAUCAGGACGGACAUCUACGAGAUCUUACUGCAGGAGACAGAAGCAGAGAACUUAUGAAACGAAAGCUGCCGCCUUUUAUUAUGAGAUCACCGCGAAUUACUGCAGCGCUUUGCAUCCGAUUUCACUAGCGUCUCCAACGAAAUGGCGGAACUGAUUUAACGUGAUCAUGUACUGAAUGUAGCUAAGCGGUGAAGUCUUUCAGGAGAAAGUGAUUCAGCCCUGAAUGUCUCACGGAUCAAAAGGGUUUGAAGGGGAGUAAUCCAUGCUUCUUGUUAGCAGACAGCCAUUGAAGAGGGCCAAAUUCUGAGAUGAUAGUUAACGGGUUGCUAUAUACUACCUGAACUUCAAAAGAGGCGCUGCUGAUAGGUAGGUCAUGUAUUCUAGCUGAAACUGCAAGGAAGAAAUUCAGCCCAAUGAGCUAGAUCUAUUUUGCAACCGCAUAUAAUAAAAGUCGCCGUUUGCAAAUUGUCGAGACGUUCUGC